AUGCUCAACAGGAGACAGGAUGACAGAGGCAAAUGUCAUACGUGGCAUCUGGAGAUUCUAAUUUCCCUUAUUCAGACCUGCACAAAUGUCACCAGCCCAAUGUCCGACGGACGGCGUAACUAUCCCCGCGGCUCAUCGGGAGGCGUCCUUCGUCCCGGAGUUCAUGUCAUCAUCCACGGGAUAAGAUCCGUCCGCGAGCUGAACGGACAGGAAGGCACCUGCUUGGCUUGGUUGCCAGAGAAGGGCCGCAUCCAUGUACAGCUCGAGAAGUCCGUCAAAGCUUUACGACCCGCCAAUCUCAAAGUGGUGCAGCCACCAAGAGACACCAAUGCGAUGUUGGAUCGGGUCCUGGAGGUAUUUCAGAGCUACGACAGCAAUGGCAAUGGAGUCCUUGAGCUGGACGAGUUUGAGAGAUGUCUGGCUGGCAUUGGUCUGGGAAAGGAGUACAUCACCGCCUUUCAGCUUGCCAUGGACAAAGAUGGUGACUUUGUUGUCGACUACGCUGAAUUCUCUCGUUGGGCUUUAGGUUCUGAAGUUCCUGGGACGCACAAAACAAGGUUGGAGCUGUACUGGCCACAGAAAGGCCCCAAGGCUGCUGCCGAGCAUGUUGACGACGAUGACACAGUUCCAGAUGCAGACGUACAGCUCACAGAGCAAGACAUCGAGAGGAUAAUAAAGAAGAAGCUACCCGAAGAGUGGCCUGCACAUGGGAUGAAGAUCGUGAACAAUGCACGCUCCCGGUUUCCGAACUACCCAAUUGAAGGCAUUGUAUGGUCGAUGAGGCGGAAUGACUACAUUGGCGGCAAAGUUCUGGCAGACAUUCGGUCAACAGGAGCAAGAGAGGUUCAUGUUUGCCAGACGACACUGCUGUUGGCAAACGCGCAGGAUACUUUUCCCGCCGUCUACCGGAACAUUUCUCCGGAGGGCGACCUGUUUGUCUACUCUUCAGCAGAACUGGAACUGGGGCCUCUUUUCGCAGGGAUGAGGGAUCGCAAGUUGUCUGCGAUGGGCAUGAUUCGGGCAGGAGAACUGUUCACAGUCUAUGAGGUAAGGCAAGGGAUUGAGUACGGGUUUUGUUUCGGCCGCAUCAAGUUCAAGGGCCAGGAGAAUCCUGCAACGUGGGUCGUGCUGGGCCUUCUCAUUGAACCUGCAGGCAUCAAAUUCACCACGAAGGACCGCAAGCCUGAAGAACUAACGUUUUCAGACGCUGAGCGAGUUAACGUCUAA